CGCAAUUUGUCGAUGUCUGCGUUUCUGACAGUCCUAUUCGAAUAAGAUCAGCGCACGGCGAUGUCGGUGAAAGGACAUGGAAGCCUCCGUGUCUCUCUCUCUCUCUCUCUCUCCCCAUGUUGCCCCGAUGACACCCUAUCGAGAAUCAAGUCUCGCUGGUGAGAAUUUCUGUGUGAUGAGUUGUCGAUUGAUUCUCGCGCGCCGCCACCUGCCGAGGUGAGGAGGAAACCCCGCGACUACGAAUGGAACAUACGUAGAUUCGAGCAGCACGCCAGCGAUCGAUCAGAGCUCCGAUCGCAUCGAUUAGAUCAGACGAAUGCUUUUUGCUUCGGUGUUGUGAAAUGUAGAUUCGUGCGGCACGCGCUCACGUGGUCCCAUGAGCGGGCUCGGAACAGAGUCCCCGACCGACUGUUCCGAACUGUCUCGAGGAAGGUCGAAAAUUCAGGAAAGCUCCGAAAUAGUCGUCAAGCGAAAGCGCUCGGUUCACGAAGACACUGUCAGAAAUUUAGGGCAGCGGAAAGGCCGGAAUUCUUCCCGCUUGUCGGACGAAUCGCCUCUGAGAGUGCAAGUCGGGAGGGCACGAAUCGGCGUGGCUUCGUGUUUCUUUGUCUUGAGCUCUGGAACGUGAACCUGUAGGAGCUUUCCCACCCGAGGAGCGACGAGCCCAACGAAGUCCGUGUCAUUUGACAGCAGAUCGUUCUUGGAGCGAGUCCAGUGAGGCGAGAACUGCUUACGGUUUGAUGGUUCGAGGUAUUCCGGUUCACAUUGGCAGCUGUGUGUGUAUACAGCGAUCUCUGAGACUAAGAAUUCUGGUUCGGAUGAUCGUGCCAUCAUGUUUCGAACCAGGCGUCCGAUUUUCUCUCGGACGAGAAGUCAAGAUACCAAGAUUGCAUUCGAGCUCUGGAAGAAUGCAAUCUUGAAUCGCAAUCUCCAAUGCUUGCCGCCAUUGUCUGUGACGGUGUCGGAGCAAGAAUUGAGGGCGAGAGGUCGGGAACAUAGCAGUUAGCACUGACAUGCGCCCCAGAGUGGCGCCCACGACGACAGCAGUGCGCCCCGUCGAUCUGUAGGUCGCUUCUUGGUGAACCAGGAGGCAAGGUCUCCGCAGUUCUCGUGCUCCGAUACUCGACGUUUCGGAAUGUACAGUCUUUUCGGACAGUGUCACUGGUGGGGACCAUGUCCUCCUGAUUCCAGAAUCCACGCUCGUCGACAGACUGACCUACAAAAUGAGGAUUAUACGCUUCUUGAUGUGCAGCAUUGACUCAUAGAUGACAAAUUCGAGAUCAAUUGGCGGCAGCGAGCUUCGGUUCACUGGAUUGGAGGGAGCUCUCAUGUCGAGAUCUGGCCACGGGACUGCUGUUCUCGUCCAUAAGGGCGAGUAAUUGAGUGCGAGGGUGACAACCCUAGUGGCGAUGGCGGGGUUUUCGAAUGCAACGGAUUUUCAAUUUUGCGUGAGUAUUUUCGGAUUUGAGAAUACUCGCGCACUCGAUGGCGAAUUCGAGAGUCAAUGUCAUGCAUACCUGUCGUCUCGUUGAAGAUGACUGAGGCCCAAGGGUUUAUGUCGGAGGAUUGAGAACUCUGACUGGCUGCAGAGCCAUCAAUUCGGUGGGCAUCAAGGAACUCGAGGGUCGCAGGCAUCAAUCAUGACUCCCACGGGAAGCAAUCAAUCCCUCUGUAUGUCAACGACCGUAGCGGAAUCCAUGAGCGACGACAUUGUGGUCGAUCAGCAGCCGCAGAACCACCAACAACCGGACAGUAUCAGUGUCACUGUGGUCUUCAGCAAAGUGACUCGACAAGUGCUGUGCCUGGAAGCGGGUAAGGAUUUCGUCGAUCUGUUGUUGAGUUUCCUCACCUUGCCGAUCGGCAGCAUCGUCAAGCUUCUAUCGGACGCAUCGCUGCUCAAAUCGCAAGAGUCGAUCUCAGCUGCCGGCAGCAAGGAUGGAGCCAAGGGGGCGCCACGAGAGGUGUCCAGAGGCUGGGGAACUGCGGCGCCCCUGUCAGCCAUGUCCAGUGUAUACGACAGUGUUGUGAAGAUGGACGAUUCUUUGCUCCGGGUGGACAAAUCGGUUCUGCUCGACUCACGGCCACCAAUUCCCACCUGUGCGAGGCUUCUACCAUUUGCGCCUUUGGAGGAGGACAUGAAGGAGGUGAACUACUUCUGCUGCGGCGUCUCGUGCCACUUCGUGAGCAGGAAAUUCGGAGCCAAGUGUCCACGGCACAAGAGGAAGAUGGAGACGCUUUGUAAGAUGGUCGACUCGGACGUCGAGCGCCAGGGCGACUCGAGGUUCGGUGGUGGCCACUUCAAAGCUGGGCUGCACUCGAGAGUCACUGCAGGUUUCAUGAAGGCAGGCACGCACUUCGUGGUUACAAACAACCUGGACAUCUAUCCGAGCUCGGCCAUCAAAAGCCUUUCGAGUUUGAAGAUGAUCCAGUCAGAACGGAUUAGCGAUUUGGACAACAUCGACGUACAGAUCGGUUCCGAAGAGGUUUUGCAGCUGUUAAAAGCAUCCGUUUGCUCCGGUAACGUCUUGAACAAAGUAUUUGGAAAGUACAUCAAGAGAACUGUCGUCACCCCUCUUCCUUCAUAUGUGGCCUACCUGCCACAGAACCCAAGUUGUCGCAGUUGUCCCUCAAGCGCGACGACGGGCAUAAGAGUUGCCCGACGUAGGUAGAGUCCACGCUUUUUGUAGCAACUGCUACUUUGAAGCAUCACACCGAAAUUGAUGCACUAUAUAAACACAUUCUGAACGCUAGAAGCGAAGGAGUUCGUCUUACGUGCACAUCUCCAACAACUACAGACGAGAACCAUCGUGCCCAUGGAUACCUUCACAAAUGCUAUGUGAAACAUUCCAGCACCAAUUCCAUCUGAAACUAUGUGAAGAUUAUCUAAACGCCUAAUUUCAAGACAGUACAAGCCAAAAACCUCACGACUACAAAACUCUACUUGCGAGACGCAAAGAAGCAGCAAAGGAGAUGGCAAAAUAGGGGUGAGAACAGGACGUGCGAGGAACGAGGCACGACGAAGAAUUUGUAUUAAUGUAUCCUCGUGCACUGGUGCUCCGGUGCUUCGGAUGAGUAUCACCAAUUGCGAAUCCAGAAGGCUUUGUCAUGAAAGGCACAGUUUCUAACACGCACCGGCAUGUACUCUGUGCACCUUCACCAAUUUUCUACGGCACGAAAGGCCACUGUUGGCCCGAGGUCUCAGGAUCACUGCAUCAAAGUCCGAGGGUUUCGAGAAGUUUGAUGUGCUCCCAAACUGGUGUGAGGGUGUUGGCAGCGACAAGCCCACUGGCAGCGACUGCUGGUAUGCCGAUACCUGGAAAGGUGGAAUCACCGCAGCAGUACAGGCCCUUGAUUGGAGUAGAAUGGCCCGGGAAGGUGCUCUGCCCUGCUCGAAUGGCUGGGCCGUAUGUACCCUGAGCUCUUCGCAGGAAGCGUUCGUGUGUGAGAGGCGUACCCUCCAGUUUCACCUCGCAUUUGUCCCGGCUGAAACCUGGCCCUAGAGCCCUUUCCACAGCUUUCCAGAGAACCUGAUCACAUCCGAGCAUGCAGAAGUCAGUACAGUAAAUUCAAUUUUAGCUAGAGCCGCAUUGAGUUGCAGAUUUUUUGUAAUGUCCUAGGCCUGGAUUUUGUACGUGGACCGACUUGGCUCAUGAUCACGACAUGUUGCUCCUCCGGUGAUCUCUGUGACAAUUAUCCGUGUCUGUGAAUGAUGGCACGCAUCUCUACCAAC